CUCUCAUGCAUGUGCUAUUUCCCAUUUGCCAAGCUUAGGGGCCACAGCCUCAGAAAAACCCAGGAAUCAGGAAUCUCACACUGUCGAUUCACAUUUAUCUUCUGCCGUGAGAGAAACCCUAUUUUUGUCAGUUGGAGAUCACCGACGAGAUUAUCGUGGUGCUGGGAGCGUGGGGCCAUGUCAAACUCAGAGCUACUGCGACUCUGGGACGAGGCCGUGAAGGCCGUGGACGCACGAGACUGGCAGGGUGCGCUGGCCAAGCUCGACGACAUCUACGAGCCCACCGCCCGCACCCUGUUUGUGACUGCAGCCGCACACUUGGCCCUUGGGCAGCUGCAGCCAGCCAUCCAGGCUUUAGACAAGGCCAUUGCCAAGGAUGAGGGGCUUGCUGUCUGCUUUUUCCAAAGGGCUGGAGUCCUUUUGCUGACUAAUAGGCCGGAGGAAGCGCUCGCUGAUUGCAUAUGGGCCCAGAAGCAAAUGAGAGAGAAUGCAGUCAUUGACUACCGACAGCUGGGGCUGUGCUAUAAACUCUUCAACUGGCAGGUGCUUUACAAUGCAGCUGCAGUGCGCGUCAGGAUGCACCACUGGGACAAAGCCCGGGACAUCCUGUUAGCCGCCAAGACUCAUGGCGGCACUGUGGAGGCAGCACUGGACAGCAUCUCGAGGAGGGAGUCCCUGGUCCCUCUCCUGGUUCCAGAGGGAGAGGUAUUCAGACCCAGGAAGGAGGAAGUCGAACAGCUGAAACAUCCCAUCCCAUCCUAGUAGCUAGCGUUUAGGUGUCGCUGUCUGGAUUCGUUGAGGGUUAGUUUUGUAUAUUUUUUUCUUUAAAUGAGAGGAAAGGGAAGGGAUGGGGCGGGGCGGGGGUGCUGGUUUGGUCUUUUGUACACUGUUUUUCAUAAAGCACUACAAGUCAAGAGCAUGUGUAUGUAUAAGUUUAGUUUUCAUUUACUGACAACCAUGUGUUAUCAUUUAUUUUUACUUAUUUUUUUAACUAACAUUAACUUGCAACGAAUGUCAAAGGUCUAGGGUUUGUAUUUUGGUUUUGAGACUCUAAGUUUGUAGCUUGUGUUCUCUUGUUUACUUCCUGUUGUCUUUGUUACUUCCUGUGUCCUGUGCCAUGUGUUCUUUGAUUAUUUUGCCAUGUGUCUUUGUUCCUUGUAGUAUGGUCUCCGCCCUUCCCCCGAGUCUUGUUAUUAGUGCCUUGUUCCAUGUUCACCUGUGUUUCUUUGUUUUUGCCCUAUCGUCUGUGUCCUUUGAUCUUGUGGUUGUCUUUGUCUUUGCUGGGUCAUUGUUGUUUGUUACGUGGUGUUGUUGUUUCUCCUGUGUGCUCAAGUGAAUAAAGCCUUAUUUUGAAUCAAA